AUGGCGCCCGAUGCGACGGCGCGCUCCUACAGCGAGGCCUACGACCUCAUCAAGGGCUGCAAAGACGUCGACGUCCUUAAUACGGCAAGCGCGAAAGUGUCCCUAAAAGCACAGGCGCGCGUGCCCGGGGCCAAGCGCAUCCCAGGCUCUGACAUCUAUGCGACCGGCAAGGGGCGCUCCUUCCGCGCGGGAGGGCUCCUCAACAUGGAGACCAAGGAGAUCCCCACCCACGCGGCCAAGAUGAAGAACAUGGUCACCUGCGGCAUGCGCUGCACGGCCAUCGGCUCCAUGCACGUCAUCUUUGCGCUGUACGGCUACAGCACCUUCACCUGGCGGUGGGCGGCGAUUGGCUGGUUCAUCUUUGCCUUCUUCGGCAUCGUGGGCAUCACCAUGGGCUACCACCGCAUGCUCACCCACAAGUCUUUCAAGACAUACAAGUGGCUGGAGUACCUGAUCGCGUUCAUCGGCACCCAGGCCGGCCAGGGCGACCCCAUUGAGUGGGUGUCCACCCACCGCUACCACCACCUGCACACCGACACCCCCCUGGACCCCCACUCCCCCUACGAGGGCUUCUGGUGGAGCCACCUGCUGUGGCUGACCGGCACUGAGCACUCCCUGCUGGACUACGCCAACGUGCCCGACCUCAAGAACCAGCUGUUCUACAGGGUCAUGGAGUUCACCUUCUUCCCGCUGCUGUUCAUCGUGAAGCCCAUCCUCAUGUACAAGAUGGGCGGCAUGGCGCAGGUCUGCUGGACCUGCGCGUUCCCCCUGGUCUGGGGCUACCACACCACAUUCCUGGUCAACAGCGCCUCGCACAUCUGGGGCAGCCGCCCCUACAACACUGGUGACCUGUCCACCAACAACAUCUGGGUGGCGCUCCUCGCGUUCGGCGAGGGCUGGCACAAUGCCCACCACGCCUUCCCCUACUCUGCCCGCCAUGGCCUGGAGUGGUGGGAGUUUGACCCCACCUGGUACCUCAUCUGCGCCCUCAAGUCCCUGGGCCUGGUGUGGGACGUGCAGGUUCCAUCUGAGAAGGCCAAGGCGCUCAAGCGCAACAAGCCCGCCUCCGCGGCAGCGGCCGCCCCUGUGGCCGAAGCCGAGGCGGACACAGCUUGCGGCCGGGACCAGGACGGCAAGGCGGCAAACACCAGCAAGGAGGAGUGA